UUGUAUUAAAUUGUUUGAUUGGUUGCAAUGAAAGGCUUACAACUAUUUGGGCCAUUACUACGCCAGAAGUCUUUCCAUAGUCAGCCCAAGUCUGUCAUCCAUUGCAACAAAAUGAAAGUCUCAUUACUUCCAGCGCUUGAAGAUAACUACAUGUAUCUAUUGAUCGACGAGAAGACCAGAGAGGCUGCGGUCAUAGAUCCGGUCGAACCAAACAAAGUGCUCAAUGCUAUCAAAGAAGAGAAUGUAGUGCUGACCACAAUCCUCACAACCCAUCAUCAUUGGGAUCACUCGGGAGGCAAUGUAGAGCUGCAUAAAGCCAUGCCAUCACUCGCUGUGAUCGGUGGCGACGAUAGGGUCGGAGCGCUCACUAAAUUAGUUAAGGGCGGCGAUCGGCUCACUGUCGGCGAGUUGAACAUUGAAUGUCUGUUCACUCCGUGUCACACAAAAGGACACAUUUGCUAUUACGUCACUUCCAGUACCGAUUCAAACGCCGAUCCAAUCGUUUUUACAGGCGAUACACUAUUCGUCGCCGGCUGUGGGAAGUUCUUCGAGGGAACCCCUAAUCAAAUGCACACCGCUUUGAUUGAUAUAUUGAGAAGUUUGCCAGAAAACACAAAAGUGUAUUGCGGUCACGAAUACACUGAAACUAACCUAAAGUUUGCCAAAACUAUUGAACCAAACAAUGAAGACAUUGAGAAGAAGCUCUUAUUGGUUCAGGACUUGCGUUCGAGAAAAGAGGCGACAAUUCCUUCAACAAUUGGUGAGGAGAAGAAGACCAACCCUUUCAUGAGAGUUGACGUCCAAAGUGUCCAAAAAGUGGUCCACAAAGAGAAUGAUUCGAUCGCAACGAUGGGUGAGUUGAGACGAUUGAAGGAUAAUUUCAAAGCCAAGUAAUGCCAUAUUAGUCGACGUCUUUGUUUGGGGGCUUUUUCGAUGAAUUGGCAGUAAAUAUCUUCAUUUCGUUCUCAUAACGAAUCUUAUCGUUAUUAAACAGAUUAUAAUAAAUCUAUAAUUAAUAUGAAUACAAAAAGUUAAUAUUAACCAAAUUAUAAUGUAAUCAAUGAUUAGACCUGUUUGGAAGUGAGUGACAAUUCAUGCCAUUGUUGUGCCAAUGCUUUUGUCAGCUCCUGGUGUGUCAUUUCAGCCUAUAAUCCAAUUCAAUUGAUUAAUACUUUAAUACUUAAAUAAAAUAGCAUUUUGACAAAAAUACA